UCCCCAGGUAGCCCAGCGCGUGGCGGUCCCCCUUUGGCUGAGGCCGCAGCCCAGCUGAGCAGAUUCGGGGGGGACCCAGGGGGGAAGGUCUGGGAACCUCGGGGAUUCGGAGCCCGCUGGCGCUUCGCCGGGCCCAGGGCUCCCCCGGCGGGGACGAGGUCCACCUCCUCCCGGAACUGGCCGGCGCCGCGAGGCGGGACCAGCGGUAGUGCCGGGCUGCGGAGCGCCAGGGGCCAUGGAGGUCCUUCCCGUCGCCGGGGGCCGGACGGGGCUCCCAGAGCUGGAGUUCCGCGGCGGCGGCGAGGCGAGGCUGGAGCACGCAGUGGAGGAAGCAGUUCCUGGAGUGGCCCGAACUGCACCUCAGCCGAGGGUGGCGGAGCGGCCGCCGGGUUCCCGGGGCUCGUGGGAAGGCGAGGAGGAACCGGAGCCCGAGCCGGGCCAGCAACCCGGCGGCCGCACCAGCCGCACGGCGUCCCUGGUGAGCGGCUUGCUCACCGAGCUAUACAGCUGCACGGAGGAGGAAGAGGUGGCUGGAGGGAGUCGCGGGCUGGGGGGCCGGCAGCGGCGCCGCGACAGCCUGGACAGCUCCACCGAGGCCUCGGGCUCCGACGUGUUCCUGGGCGCGCGCGGCGCCGGCGACUCCCGCGUGCUGCAGGAGCUGCAGGAACGGCCGAGUCAGCGGCUCCAGAUCCAGUACCUGCGGCAGAAAGACCCUAAUGAACUGAAGGCAAUCCUUCAGGAGCUAAAGUACAGAAUUGGCAUUCAGUCAGCCAAGUUACUUCGGCAACUGAAGCAGAAAGAUAGGCUUCUGCAUAAAGUACAGAGGAACUGUGAUGUGGUGACUGCCUGCCUGCAGGCUGUGUCGCAGAAGAGAAGAGUUGACACAAAAUUGAAGUUCACUCUUGAGCCAUCUUUAGGUCAAAAUGGUUUUCAGCAGUGGUAUGAUGCUCUCAAGGCUGUUGCCAGACUAUCAACAGGGAUACCAAAGGAAUGGAGGAGAAAGGUUUGGUUGACCUUGGCAGAUCAUUAUUUGCACAGUAUAGCCAUUGACUGGGAUAAAACCAUGCGUUUCACUUUCAAUGAAAGGAGUAAUCCUGACGAUGAUUCGAUGGGAAUUCAGAUAGUCAAGGAUCUUCACCGCACAGGCUGUAGUUCUUACUGUGGCCAAGAGGCCGAGCAGGACAGGGUGGUGUUGAAGCGGGUGCUGCUGGCCUAUGCCCGAUGGAACAAGAACGUCGGGUACUGCCAAGGCUUUAACAUCCUGGCUGCGCUAAUUCUGGAAGUGGUGGAAGGCAACGAAGGGGAUGCAUUGAAAAUUAUGAUUUACCUCAUUGAUAAGGUACUUCCUGAAAGCUAUUUUGUCAAUAAUCUGCGGGCAUUGUCUGUGGAUAUGGCUGUCUUCAGAGACCUCUUGAGGAUGAAACUCCCUGAAUUAUCUCAGCACCUGGACACUCUUCAGAGAACUGCAAACAAAGAAAGUGGAGGUGGAUAUGAGCCCCCGCUUACGAAUGUCUUCACAAUGCAGUGGUUUCUGACUCUCUUUGCCACGUGCCUCCCUAAUCACACAGUUUUGAAGAUCUGGGAUUCAGUCUUCUUUGAAGGUUCAGAAAUCAUCCUAAGGGUGUCACUGGCCAUCUGGGCAAAAUUGGGAGAGCAGAUAGAAUGUUGUGAAACAGCAGAUGAAUUCUAUGGCACCAUGGGGCGCCUCACCCAGGAGAUGCUGGAGAAUGACCUUCUGCAAAGCCAUGAACUCAUGCAGACUGUUUAUUCUAUGGCGCCAUUCCCCUUUCCACAACUGGCAGAGUUGAGGGAAAAGUACACCUACAACAUUACACCCUUCCCAGCCACAGCCAAACCCACCUCAGUUUCUGGACGACAUGGUAAGGUGAGAGACAGUGAUGAGGAGAACGACCCAGACGAUGAAGAUGCCAUUGCUAAUGCAGUGGGGUGUCUUGGACCUUUCAGUGGACUUCUGGCACCUGAAUUGCAGAAGUACCAAAAACAGAUGAAAGAGCCAAAUGAAGAGCAGAGUCUGAGAUCCAAUAACAUCGCGGAGCUGAGUCCGGGAGCGAUCAACUCCUGUCGAAGUGAAUACCACGCUGCGUUCAACAGCAUGAUGAUGGAGCGCAUGACCACAGACAUCAGUGCCCUGAAGCGGCAGUACUCUCGGAUUAAAAAGAAGCAGCAGCAGCAGGUCCACCAGGUCUACAUCAGGGCAGGCUCUAAAGAAGAAAAAGACCAUGGGUUCUUUUUAGGCCCUGAGGAGCAGGCAGUUGAUGACAAAGGACCAGUGACCAGCAUUCUCCCAUCUCAGGUAAACAAUUCUCCAGUUAUAAACCACCUUCUUUUAGGGAAGAAGAUGAAAAUGACCAACAGAGCUGCCAAGAAUGCAGUCAUUCACGUCCCUGGUCAUGCAGGAGGCAAAAUGUCUCCUGUCCCCUAUGAGGAUCUAAAAACAAAGCUCAACUCUCCGUGGCGAACUCACAUCCGAGUUCACAAGAAGAAUAUGCCAAGGAGCAAGAGUCACCAGGGCUGUGGGGACACCAUAGGGCUGAUAGAGGAGCAGAACGAGGGUUGCAAGACCAACAGCCUGGGGGCAGCAGAGGAAUUUCCCUCCAGGUGUGCAGCCACUGCUGGAAGAGAAGGCAGCAGCUCUGAGGGUGGCAUUGGCAGGACAAUUGAAGGACAGUCUCCAGAGCCGGUGUUCGGGGACGCUGAUGUCGAUGUGUCUGCAGUUCAGGUGAAGUUAGAAGCCUUGGAACUGAACCAAAGGGAUGCUGCUGUUGAGACUGAGCCCAAGGUGCACCCACCCUGCCAACUACUUGUCUCAGAGCCACCUGAUGCCCCUGGAGAAAUCAAAGCCACCAGCAAACCUCCCCAAGGCAGCCACUCGAAAACCCCCAUCUUUAGCCCUUUCCCCAGUGUGAAGCCACUGAGGAAAUCAGCCACUGCCAGGAAUUUGGGAUUGUAUGGUCCUACCGAAAGAACCCCAACCAUGCACUUUCCUCAGAUGAGCAGGAGCUUCAGCAAAUCCAGUGGUGGGAACAGUGGCACUAAAAAGCGAUGAUGUCUCUCAGUGACUUUGUGCUGGAUCACCUCUGUGCAAGGGUUCCAGCUGCACCUUCCGGUUUCAUUUGUCCAGUGAAGAUGAAUAGGGAGGUUCAGAGAUGAGCAACAACAUUCCAUGAAGGUGGGAUUCGAGAGUUUUAUGAUGGAACUAGAGUAGGGAUGUUUUCCCUCCACUCGAUAACUGAUGAAGUGGACUUUUGUGGCAGAAUAAAUAUUGUGAUUUUAAAGUGUGAAGUUUUCCCAAUUUUUCCAUGUCAGCUAUUUAGAAAAGACUAUGUCUAGACUGUUAAGCCCUCUACUGUUCUGUCCCAAGGGCCUUUCAGGAUCCUUGUGACAAAACCCCCCAAACCUUCUAAUUCUCUGGGUGUUACCCAAGCAUGCAUACUCCAGCUUACUAGAACAGAAACUGUAAAAAGAAAGUCAAGUUUCUCAUUUGCAAAACUCCCUGAUUUUCUUCUUCCUGCUCUGUUGGGGCUGGAGGGGAUUUUUUUGUGUGUGUGGAGUUUUGUUCAGUAUCUGUCUCCAAAUUGUGUUUUAAGCUUAUGCUAAAGUGUAGGAGAAAAAUUGAUAACCUUUCUUUACCUUUCUGUUUCGACAGCAAAAUGAAGAAAACUAAUCUGUUAAAAAAUUUAGGUCGCUAACCAAAUUGAAUGUCAUAUGCACAGAACAGAAAUUAAUAUGCAUUUAACAAUUGCCCUGAACUGCUUGCUAAUUCUACUCAACUUUCCCCGAGGUUCGUUUUCUCCUCUCCAUAAGAGCAUGGGUCCUCAGUGGUACAGAGGACUCGAUAGCUCUGCAGGGAGCUCCUCCUGCGUCCUUAGCCAUGCAGCUCAUUUACCUACCAGCUCUCCACCGCAGAUGCAUACAGCCUCUGCUCAAAAGCCAGAACACAGCACCUGUGACUCUGUUACUUGAAUU